CGUUUCAACUUAAAACAAGGUUGAAUGGCGACUCCACCCGUCGACGGGUCCACCAUGCUCCUGAUACAAUCUUCGUGCCAAAAUGCCGUCCUCUCCAAAUCGCCUACGCAGGCUCAGACACCUUAUAUCUUGGCCGGCGGCACCUUGUCUACCAGGACUGGUUCAUCAUCCACACUCUCACUCACUUUAUUUCCCACUCAGUCCCUCUUUUUUCGCGACUGGUUCGCCUGAAUCCUACAUUCUCUAUCAUCAUGCGCUAUUCCUACACCGCCGUGCCCUUGGCCCUCGCUGCCCGUGCUGCCGCCACCACCGCUGACGCCUGGGCCUUCGGAAAUGGUUUCUACACUGGUCCUCCUACCAACGCACACAUCACCAAGGCCACCUGGUCCCUUGUGCCCCCCGCCGUUCCUUCGGGCGUGACCGUGAAGAACACCGACGACGAGGUCUGGGUGUCGCUGUGGAUCGGUCUCUCCUCCACGGCUGGUGAUUACGAUGCCGAUCUGUACCAGCCUCUGCUGAACUGGUCCCCCGACAACGAGUCGCAGGGCUGCCCUGCCGACGACGACGAAUGGUGUGUCGCUGCUAGCACCUACACUCCCAGCGGCCAGAAUGGCCAGGCCUACGUGACUGUCCCUACGGACACACAGGUUGACUUUGAGGUCUACGUUGAGGACGAUAAGGUCGUUCAGGUCGUCACCAUGAACGGCAAGACCGUCUCCAAGGAGAGCGAUGCCCUCGACAACCCUCUCCUCUACCUCUACUCCGGAGACGAGUGCUACACCGGCUCCGGUGACUGCGGUACCCUCCAGUCUUACAGCUGGAACAACAUCACCAUCCACCUCAGCGCUGCCGAUGAGACCUUCGGUAACACCGUCUCCCUGUACAGCGGCUCCUCCACAAACGGAUUCUCUACCUCCGACGGUGGCAAGACCUGGCACACCGAUGCGAUCAAGAUCAGCAAGGACACCUUUGCCGAUGUUGAGGCCUAAUCAGUCAAUGCAUUCAUCUAAAGCCGCGCGU